CCGCAGCUCCGCAUCUGGCACUGUAUCUAAACAAUAUAUAUCUACUUGCAUGUAUUCAACAAAUGAGAGCAUCUCAUCGUGUACCGCCAAUCUCAAUCAAUACUGCUCUAUGAAUGAGACACAAUAAUAUACGCUCAUCUAAUUGAGUUCCUUGACAAUACAGCCAUGUCUCAUCCCACGCAAAUUCCCUACCGCCAAAUCCGCGCCUCCUAUGAUAGCCAACACAUCAUCGUCUAUCAAGCUUACAAAACUUCCAUUGCCGAUGCUGCGGUCAAGGCUCAGAAACUCAAUGCGUCCCCGGAUUUCAGCCCUGAGCGCAUGACCUGGAUCAAACCAAGCUGGUGCUGGAUGAUGUACCGCUCCGGAUACUCUCACAAGGACGCGGGCCAAAGCCGCAUCCUCGCCCUCAAGAUGAAAAAACAAGACUUUUUGGGCCUCUUGGAACAGGCAAUCCUGUCUACCCAUCCAUCCCCGCAUGCCCACGUAGACAAAGAAAGCACCAACAGGACAGUGGUCCACGAGAAACCUACGGACGUGAGAGUCCAGUGGGAUCCGGAGAGGAACCCGAAGCUGGAGGCGCUGCCUUACAGGAGCAUUCAGAUUGGCAUUCCUGCGACGCUGAGCACGAAAUGGGCGGAUGAGUGGAUCGUUUCCAUUGAGGACGUUACGGAGAGGGCCAAGGAGCUGAAAAAGGCCUUGGAGGAGCAGCCAGACAUUUCGACGGAUGAGUUGGUGAAAAGGGGGCUGGUGCCGGAAGAGAAGCCGUUGGAUGUCCCGGAGGAGAUUUUGUCGCGGUUGGAAAUGACUGUUUUGGGGGUUGCUGACGAAUUAUAAUACCUUUGCUUGUUUUUUCUUCUCCUUUUUUCUUUUCCUUUGAAUAAAAUUGGUUUGUAGCUCUUCGAUAUGGUAUCCAAGUAUUAAUCUGCGUGUACGUCUAAUGGAGCCCUGGACUUUAUCUAUAUACAUCAGGCAAAACUACUAUCUCC